AUUGUGUAAUCACAGUCGAUAAAUUCCGCCCAAAAUUACAAACGCGCACCCGCCUUUUUUCCGUCACUCCGACCUGCAGAAGUACAAGCAAAGGAUGGAAAUCUGAAUGAACUGCCCUUUGAAGACGCCAACGUUUACAAAUCGCCCGCUUUAUUCGCUUCUAGCUCUGAUUGGUCAGAUGUUGAUGUUGCCACAGAGAGAGCGUAGUAACAGAGUUAUAGCUCCUCCUAUUUUUCUAUAUAUGGACGAACAACGCCUACUGGGAGAGUUGUGAUUGGCCAGCGUAUUCUCUUUCCAAUGUUUGUAAAUUUUAGACUAGGGGGACACCGCAGUUUGGAUCUCAGCGCGCAAAUGUAUUUUUUAAAGGUUGAUAAACUUUUCUCGUUUGAAUUGUAUUUAAAAAUAACUAGGCACUAGAAGCAACGAGUUGUGGAGACUUGACGACGCUUGGUAUCAACGGACUGAAUAAGCAGCAGAAACCCAGAGUAUAAUGGUCCUGAGUCAGAUGGACGCGGGGAAAGCUUUGACGGCGGCAGCUGCCAAAGGGAAUGCCGAUGAGGUGCAGAGGAUCCUGGAGGAAUGCAGAGUGCAUCCCGAUACUCCCAACGAGUUCGGCCGGACCGCGCUGCAGGUGAUGAUGAUGGGGAACUCCAAAGUAGCAAGGUUGUUGCUGGAAAAAGGAGCUGAGCCCAACAUCCAGGACAAACACGGCAUAGCGCCUGUCCAUGAUGCAGCACGGACGGGGUUCCUCGAGACCCUGCAGGUCCUGGUGGAGCACGGGGCUUCAGUGAACAUCCAGGACCAGAACGGCGCCCUCCCCAUCCACAUCGCCAUACGAGAAGGCCACCGGGAUGUCGUGGAGUUCUUGGCUCCGCGGUCCGACCUGAAACAUACCAACGUCAGUGGUCAAACAGCAAUAGACGUUGCCCGAUCUCUGGGUGAGCUGGAUAUGAUGAACUCACUUUUUGCUCACAUUCACAGUUAGUAAGAAUAGUAAAAAUUAAUCCUCUGCGUAACUCAAACCUCACUUCUUUUUUUUUUUUUUUUUUUGCUUUGUACCUGGUGACUUGAAUACAUGAAUUAGGUUUUUGGUAGCUGAGCGUUAAAAUGUGACGGGACGUGAUGUCUUGGCAGCUUCUUUCAGUGGAUUGGUGGCUAUAUACUGUAGACACCUUUUGCACAGUGCAGUUUAGGCACCUUAUAUUUACAUUCUUUCCCUGUUAAUUGGGAGUGCACAUUUGUAAAUAGUUGUCCUCCAGUGUUAAGUGAUUUUUUUUUUACAUUAUUUCCAUUGUGUGUAUGAAUUGUAACAGUUUCUACACAUGUAUGUUUUUGUUUUUUUUAAUUUACAAAAAUGAAAUGGUGCACCCUGAUUGCUUUGCAUAGUUGUGUUUCUCGUAAUUAGAUGGACUUUGAAUUUACUCUUAUUUAUUGUUGGAAGAGGAAUUAAUAUUCCUGUGACUUUGUAAAUAGCAACAUUUGAUGUGAUUUGUUGAAAUGUUAUUUAUAUAAAUACUUUUAAGACAAAAGUGAGAUUAUUCACUUUAAUAUUUGAAGAAAGCACAAAAUAAAGUUACAAACUUUAA